AGUCCUCCUCUGUCCUUGCCACUGCCUACCUCCCAAAAGUAAAGAUACUUGUUUUCCCCGGACGAUCACCUCCCUAGCAUUUUUAGCAACAUAGAUUGCAAAAUUACGUAUGCAGAAGUAUCCACAGCAAAGUAACAUAUUUGAUCUUCGUAAAAACUUGUUGAAAUGUGGGCAAAAACUUUUGAAUUCACGAGUCUUUUUUCGUCAGUGUGUGUACUACCACACACGCGAGACGCAAAAUGGUCGAGUGUCCAGCAGCUCCAGCGAAUUCCUCAACGCAUCCCAGCAUCGAUGAACCUCCCACAUCCAAAUGCUGUACAACCGGUCCCAAACGAGAACCGUCUUCCAGAGUUAGCCACUUGGAGCAGGUGGUGAGGCGGCGCUCCACGUCUCUUCCCGCACCGGUGAGACCUUGCAUCGAUUCUUUGAAGCGUUUCCUCUUGCGCCUCUUCUGCUGUCACGAAGUCGAAGACAGCACAACACGGGGGAACAAGGAUAAAAAAAGCAAAAAGUGCUAUCGGAGUUCCUGUUGGCCAUUGAUUGUCAUGGGAUCGCCCGAGUCCGAGCACGGCGCCGAACGGGACCAGUUCGGCACGGAUGGCGCGAGCAGGCUGCGCAACAAGUUUCGCAUUCUCUUGGAGAAUCACAGCGGCAUCCCGUUCAUGCAUGACGGCGAUUAUUUCCCGAGCGGGGCCACCGUCGCAGAUGUGGGGAGGAAUAUCGGACAAAAGAACGUCGAAAAGACCCAGGUAAUCCUCAGCUCGAACUACUGCCCGAGAUCCGGGGUGGUUUGGUUGGUCGAUCAGGAAGCUUUUGAAACCUACUGCGUCGUCACCUUCUAUGGCAGCAAGAAAGUGCGCGUUUGGCUCGGAGAGUACGCGAAAAACAGUGAUGGGACUUUGAUCAACACUUCAUCUACUGCCGAUGGUGGUGCCUCUGUUCCGCCGGACAGCAGCGCAUCAACCAAUCCGGGGGCGGCCCCGCGAUCCGACCAGGAGCAGCUUCCCUGGGAACUCAAGGACGAACUUGGCACCGGGGCGAAAUCGGUCCCAGUGCUCGAGGCGGGCGGGCCGGCGGACGUCGCCAGUGGCGCCGUCAAGUUGUGGACCGUGAAUCGCCAAGCGUGGUACGCGCUGAGCGAGGACGGUCGCACCCUGUACAUCACGAUUUUGCCGUCACUGCGACCCUACAAGAUUGCCCAGCAAAUAGACUACGAUUUGCAGGAGGAAAACGGAGCAGGUGCAUCUACUUCAAAUAAAGUUCCUGCGCCGGAUCAUGCUGGUAGAAGUGCUUCAUCGCUGGCCCUGAUACCGCACGGGCAAUCCAAUGCGCGCGACGGGCUCAACUUUGGCCCGGGGUUUGCGGACAGCGCGCUGAGCAGCGCAAUACCAAAGCCACCCGUGAAACCGAAGCAAAAGACGCAAACGGCGAAAAUAUCACGCAAACCCAUGGGUAGUGCCGACCCCUCUACUGGGGACGAACAACAAUUUUCGUACUGGAGACAACAACUCGACGACGUUAGUCAUUAUGCGCAAGGGGCUCCGACGGAGCUGGCACUGCUCGAGAUGGACGGAGUGCUGUACUUUGCCGAAAAAAGCGACAGCCAGAAACCACUCUGCUCCGAACAGGGAGAUCUUGUCCCCUUGCACGCACUAGCGGCAGCGCCCGGGCAGGAGCUAAUCGUCGUGUUGAUGGUAGACAUCACCGAAGUAGACCAGGAAGCGGAAGAGACCGCGAAAGAGAUCUGGGCCAAGACCCGGCCAAAAGACGCCUGGACCGGACUAAAGCAGGGCGUGGGAAGCAUUGUCGGUGGUGCAGCCACCGGCGUGGUAGCGCUCGGAGCGGCAACGGUCGGGGGCGUGCGUGGCGCCAAACCCGGCCUCGGAAACAAAGCGCUGGGCCUAGUGAAAGGACUCGGUGUCGGCCUCGUCGCCGGAGUUGGUACUUUGUUUUGCUGAUUGCUCAAUGCAACUUUCAUUUCCGUACAUGUUAAGUUUUGAUAAGGGUCGAACAUUGUUUACCAGAUUCGUCAACCUCUAGCUCUAUGCACUUCGUAUAUAAAACAGCGAUGCCCGUGGCGGGCGUUGUUGGUGGCGCCACGCAGAUCGUGCGCGGCGUUAAGGCGGAGGCUACCGGGUUCACGGCGAAGCGACAGAACAAGAUCUGGGACCCGGAAACCGGGACGUGGGUCAACGUGAAUCUCCAGCUGAUGGACCAAAACGUGCAGACCGAAAACCGCCUCUUGAAGGACCAGAAAGACGGAACGAGUCCAGGGAACAAAUCAAAUAACCGGAAGAGCGGGACUGCGGGCAGCGGCGGCAGUGGAAAUGCACCGGUUGAGGUAGUGGACACGGAAUAUUACGACUUGCUCGGCAUCGAUCCGUAUAAAAAGGUGGACUCCGCGGAAAUCAAGAAAGCCUACUACAAGAUGGCCCGAACCUGCCACCCGGACAAGAACCCCGACGACGAGAACGCAAAAGCGAAGUUCCAGCAGUUGAGCGACGCCUACUCGGUGUUGUCGGACGACCACCUCCGCGAGAAGUACAACAAGCAGGGAAAAGACGCGGUGCUGGAGUCAGAAAACAUCCCGAAAAUCGAGCCCACUGUGUUUUUCGCGCUCUUGUUUGGCUCCGAGAAGUUUGACGGCUACGUGGGCGACAUGAGCAUCGCGACCCUGGCAGACUCCAUGUUAAAAGGGUUCGAGCAGAAGGAGGGAAAAGACUCGAAGAGAACGCAGCAGAGAAAGAAAAACCUGAAAAUGCUGGUGGACACCGUGCACGUGCCACCGACAACUGGUAGUAAAACAACCGCUGGGCAACGUGUGGAAUUUUCAGAGGAUCUUCCCACGACUGGUGGUGAGCAACAGCCUCCUGCCCCCACCGGAACAACGACCUCGGCGUCGCAAGAGGAAAUAAAUGGUGGACUGAAGAGCUGCAAAACGCGGGAGCAGACUCCCAAUCCGAGAAAGAGUAGAUCCGGGAUGUUUUCCGGUUUUGGUGGAAACACAACAACUGCUUCCACUAGUAAUGGCGGAGCUACAAGCUCGGCGUCCGCUACGAGCAGCGCGACGACAUCUUCGACCUACGCUGGUACUUCUGCGACCGGUUCCUCCGCUUCCGCGGAAAAAAUGGACGAGGACUUGGACGAAGAUGGUGAGAAACUGGAGGACCCCUUCAGCAGCAUGGGCGAUGUGAAGUUCAAGCGGCAGCAGUGGCGGCGCCAGGUGCAGUGCGCCGUGUUUUUGCGGGAGCGAGUGGCGAAAUACGUCGAACAGAGGGACGAGCCGGGGUUCCGCGCCUCGGUGGAGCAAGAGGCGAGAAAUGAGCUGAGCAAGGCGUCCUUCGGCCGGGAGCUGCUUGGCGUACUCGGGGACCUCUACGUGCUCCGCGCCACCGUUUUCCUCGCGGACGAGGUCAAAGGCCGGUUCACGCUCGACGCCCUGUCCGCCAGCCACAGGUCCUGGCAGAAAAAGUGGUCGAACCGCGCGACCCUCAUUGGCUCGGGAUACACCGCGCUUAAACAGGUACUAUACUACACAUACAAUUUAUUUCCACCAGUGACUUGUACUACCAUAAGUCGAGCGGAAUUUGCUCUUGAUAGAAGAUCACAGCCUUUGCUCGCCGAUACAGAACUCCACCUGUCGGUUUGUUUGUUCAAUUUACAACGUCUAGUUGUACCUGCUCCACACAUACGAUAAUUAAUUUAUAAUUCUCGUCACUUUGAGUGAUGAAGCAUAAAUGGUUUUUUCAGGCACGCAAGGUGGAGAAGACCAUGAAGAAGGUGGAGAAGGCGGAGAAGGAUGAAACCAAGACGGACCAGGAGAAACACGAGAUGAAGGCCAUGGCGCACACGAAGAUUGAGGACGAGACGCUGCCGGCCUUUCUGCAGUUGGCGUGGGCGAUCUGUGUGCGUGACUUGGAGGAAACGGUGAAAAACGUGGUGAAAUUUUUGCUGAAGGACGUCAGCGUCCCCUGGGUCCUGCGCAUCCGCCGCGCGCAGGCGCUCCUGAUUCUCGGAGACAUCUUUCUGCAGGUCGCCAACGAAGAGGACCAGCCCGAAGUGGACCAUCACAAGUAUCCUGUGCCGGAAGGAGAGCAGUAUGUUGGCCCCGACUUUUACGCCAAUACUACCGAUGGUGCGCAACAGAGUCAGUACUACGCGAGCGCCACCAGUGGUAUGAGCUUUGGUGCUGGUGCGGGAGAGCAGCAAGAGUCCACCGCGACCGCUGGAACAUCAAGUGGCAAUCAUGCUCCUGCCCCGGGCUCUCCGCCCGGCGGUGCAUCCAGUAAGAAAGGCAAAAAAGCGGGGAGCAGGUCGCCCGGGGGCCGGGAUAACAAAACCUCCGCCCGGGAACUGAUCGAGACUGCGAUGAUCGGAACAAUCACCAAGGAACGGUAAAGUUCUGGACAACCGCAAACACAUCGUCACUGGCUGCGCCCACGGAAACAGAAGCAGACCACUACGUACUCAUCUGUGUCUUUUUCAGGGAGUAACAAAUUAAAUUUUCCCCUUGCCCCGUUCGGGCAAGGAGCGCGACCGCAUCUUCGUUCCAGGGGAUCGACAAACUUUCCCAACGUCGCGACCUGCUAAAGGCGCGUUGCUUGAAGGCUUACUGUAGCGCAUAGCACUACGACAUGAAAAUCCACCUGCUCGAAGGCUUACUGUAGAGCAUAGCACUACGACAUGAACAUCUUGCCAUCAUCGAC